AACCCCAAAAACCCAUCAACUUGACACAUUACACAAAACAUACGCUCUCUCUUCUCUUUUUCCAAAUUUUUCUUACUCUCUUUAUUUUCAAAUAUCUUUCCAAUAACUUGCCCUCCUAACUAAAUUGCAGGCCUUGCUAAAUUUCUUUUUUUAUUGUUGGUAAUAAUAAUAAUAAUAAUAAUAUUGUAAUAAAUAUUUAUAUUUAUUACUCUUACUCUUUAUUCAUUUAUUAGUCGUCUCCCAUUUUAUUCCCAUUUUCAGACGGCCAAACAAAAAACAAAUUUAAUAAUUAAUUCUUCUGAAACUACAAAUUCCCCACUUUUUAUAAUUCAAUUCAAUUUUUGUUCGUGUUUGAGUUGAGGGCCUCCAAUUUCUACCGUCCUCCAUCUUUCUAGGGUUUUAUUCUUCUUUGUUAUUUCAUGGGGUUUUGAAUUUCAAAUUUUGAAUUCCUGUUUUCCUCAUUUCAAGACAAGGGAUCAAAAUCAGUCAACACAUUUGAAGAGAGAAAAGCUGGUAGCGGUUUUGAACGGAGUGGAAAUUUGUUGAUAGCUAUUUGGCCAACAAUAUGGCUACUGGAAGUCCAUAUCUUGAUGAUGUGAGGGGGAAGCCUGAAGUUAUCGACCCUCCCUCGACUGAAGAUAUGAUUGAUGUUGUAGAAAAUGUGAUGGAUACUGCACAAAGUACUAUUAAACCAAAUCCAAUUGUGUCUAGCAGUGUUUAUGAGCUGCUGGAGUGCCCAGUGUGCCUAACUGCCAUGUACCCUCCAAUCCACCAGUGCUCAAAUGGCCACACAAUAUGUGCUAAUUGCAAGCCCAGGGUACACAACCGGUGCCCAACUUGCAGACAUGAACUUGGUAAUAUUAGAUGCCUUGCCCUGGAGAAGGUGGCUGCAUCCCUUGAACUUCCAUGUAAAUAUCAAAGUUACGGAUGUGUGGGCAUAUAUCCUUACUAUAGCAAGCUGAAGCAUGAGCCCCAAUGUUCCUUUAGACCCUAUAGCUGUCCUUAUGCUGGAUCAGAAUGCACUGUCAUUGGUGAUAUCCCUUACCUGGUGGCCCACCUUAAGGAGGAUCAUAAAGUUGACAUGCACAGUGGCAGUACAUUCAACCACCGCUACGUGAAGUCAAAUCCCCAUGAGGUCGAAAAUGCUACUUGGAUGCUUACGGUCUUCAGUUGCUUUGGACAGUACUUUUGCCUUCAUUUUGAAGCAUUCCAGCUUGGUAUGGCUCCUGUCUACAUAGCCUUCUUACGAUUCAUGGGGGAUGACAAUGAGGCAAAGAACUAUAACUACAGCCUUGAGGUAGGAGGAAAUGGAAGAAAGUUGUGCUGGCAAGGAGUGCCAAGGAGCAUCAGGGAUAGCCAUCGCAAGGUUCGUGACAGCUUUGAUGGCCUCAUUAUCCAGAGAAAUAUGGCUCUUUUCUUUUCAGGCGGUGAUAGGAAGGAAUUAAAACUGAGGGUAACUGGUAGGAUUUGGAAAGAACAGUGACUUAAGUUUUCUUGAAAGUCUUCCGUUAGAAUUAGCUUCUCCUUGUAGUAUCACUAGGAAAGUCUUCUGUUCGUGUAUUUUCGUGUGUGUAAAAUGGCAAACUCUCUUUGCUGGCUUAUGCAUCAAAUACAUGACUGAGACAAUGUUAUGUUGUUCAUGUGAAAAGUGUUGAAUCCUUAUCUUUUUUUUGGCAAAAUGUCAAAUAUGCUUCAUUUUUGUGUGUGGAUCGACAUGAAAAACAUAUUUGGCAGGUCA